AUGUUACGACUGCCGCCAACGACGAGGAAGGCGAGGGCCGAUCAGCGGCAGCAGCAGCAGCAGCAGCAGCAGGCGGCGGCGGCUCCAGCGCGAGAGCCAAAUUUAAAGACGGGCGAGCAGGGCCCAGCCAAGCGUGCGAGUGAGAGCGAGAGAGAGUGGCUCGCAAACCACACUUUGUCACAUCGGCAGCCGUCUCUCUCUCCCAUCCCCAUCAUCACCACCCAUCGUAUCGUCGACAGCCCCUCUGCUCGUCGAUACAUUCAUCAACUCUCUUUCCAGUUUCGACCACUACUUUUGGUUUCCUUUUCUCCGGCCGUCGCUUCGCCGCAGCAGCAGCAGCGUGGCAGUGGCAUCGGCAGUGGCAUUGGCACGCAACAGCCAGCUCUUUCCUCUGCUCAUUCGGCGCUGAUCCUAAGCUCAGCUCGAGUCGCUGCCGUUGUUGCCAUCGCCAUCGCUGACACUACUCCGCCCCGGCUGCACCUCCAGCGCGUCCGUCUUGUCUCGCCAUCGGAGGAGCCGAUCUGA